AUGAAUCUUGGUGCUGACCUUGCCGGAUUUGCUGGAGGGGAGCAGCAACAGGAGGAGCCGCUGAGGGCCGCCCUUGACACGCCGCCCCCAUUGACCACGCCGCCCAGAGGGGCGUCCCCGUCAAGGACACCUACUGAUGGGCCCACGCGCACGGAAGAAGAGGAGGCGAGCUUGGGUGCCGGCGGCUCCAUCCCGGCGACGGACAUUGGCGGGGAGGGAACCACUUCUUCCCAACUCGGCACGGGUAAGUGGCCUGAGGAUAUCGACACUAUCAUCGGGGAGGUCGCCAAGGAUGUCGAAGCCGAGGCCACCAAGAUCGCGGCUGAGGAAGCCGCCAAGUCCGCCGCCGAGGAGGCCGCCAAGGGGCCUGCCGGGGGAGCCGGGGAGACCGCUGCCGGGGGGCCCAACAAGGGGUCUGCCGGGGAGCCUGGCAAGGGGACUGCCGGGGAGCCCGGCGAGGCCGCUGCCGACGAGGCCACCAAGGAGUCCACCGAGGAGGUGGUGGCCAACGACCAACCUUCCUCCCCCGCAGCCCUUGCCCCGGGCAAGUACCUUAUGGUGGGCGACGACUUGUUCAUCCGCCUCCCAGGGACGGCGAGCACCAGAGCGCCGACCGAAGGGGUGGUGUUUGAUGAUGAGGUGCUUGCCACCGCCGGGCUCCAGGUUGUUGAUGAACCGAGCGCGGGCGGUGGCGGUUCCCAGGAGGAGCAGCUCCUCCGAGCCAUGAGCGCCAACUUCCAGAAGCUCCAGGCGCUCCAGCAUGCCCGCAAACACAAUGUCAAAUCCAGGAUGGCGGUGGUGGAAAAGGCGGAGGCAGAUUUUGAGGAGAGCGUCGCUCAGACGCAAGUCUGGUUUGGCGAGGCCCGGGAUGAACUGAGGGCUGCCCAGGGUGAGCUGGAGGAGCACGAGCGAAAGCUCAUCCGGAAGCAGGCCGAUAUCGAGAAGGCCCGGGAGGUAACGAAGGAUCUGUCCGCCAAGGACGAAGCUACCCGGCAACAGCAGAAGGCCCUGCUGGAUUCCCAGGAGGAGGACCUUGCCGCUUGUGAGCAGGCGCUUGCCGCCACGCUCCGAGGCAAGGACGAGGACAUUGAGAAGAUCGUCGCGCAGCGGACCCAGGAGCUGGAGCAGACGCACAAGGAUGCACUCAAUGCUCUGGCCCUGGACCACGCCGGCAAGGUGAAGGAGCUGGAGCUGGAGCGGGAUGGGAUGAAGAAGGAGGUCUUGGAGCUGACGGAGGAGAGGGACACGACCAACCGCGCCUUGGCGUAUGCGCAGGCUGCAGUCUCCGACAAGGCCAAGCUGCUUUCCGAGGCCAACAACUCCAUCAAUGAUCUGAAGCUGAAACUGGAUGGCCUGGAGGGGAAGCGUUCGGAGGCCAGGGCCCGUGAGGAGACCCUGAACAAGGCCCUGGAGGACGAGAAGCAGCUGCGGAGCAAUGACGCCGCCGCCCAGGAGGAUUACGUGAAGAGCGUAAACCUCUGGAUCAGCCGCCUCGUCGAUGUUGCAGAGAGGCUCACUGAUGCGCCACCUUCCAGCGGCUGA